AUGGAGGGUGGAUCGCCGUUAAAAGCGUCCUUGGUAGACCAAACAUCACAAUCAGGAGAUUUGUCCAUGUUCCAGAUGGAAGUUCCAUAUGCGUGGGUCUGGUUUCCUGCCCUCGAGGGAGGGGGGCUUGUUGUCGAAGAUGGCGAUCAGCAACUGCUUGCACUACCUGUGUCGAAUGUUCCAAAAACGGCCAGUCAGCGGUCAAGUUGUCGACUGCGCAUUAGGGCCGAUUGA